AUGUACAACCCUCAGCCCGGGAGCGCAGGUCCAUCCCGACAAUCCUCAGGCGGCAUCGCACCUCUACACAACUAUAUUGAUCCCCAGGUCGCAGCCACGUCUCCCGCCAAGCAGUCCAGCGACCCCAUCAUCGCGUUCCUCUCCGAGAUGCCGUCUGCCGCGGACAAUCCUACGCGUGUCGCCAUUUGGACGGAACUCGUACGGUUCAAGACGCGUACGCUGGAGCUGCAGAUUGCAGAGGCGAAGCGGAAAGAGAAGGAGGCGGAGCUGGAGCUGGCGAGAUUCAAGGAGAUGACAGCGGGAGGAGCCAAUCGGACUCCAGCUGCUGCCCCCAUGCCUCUGGCGCCCGCCCCGGCGCCAUCUCUCGGCAACUACGGUCCACCCGCUGCAAACCCCCUCAUUGCCAGCCAGAUCUACCCCUAUUAUCAUAAGGCUCAACAGGCAUUUACCCUGCCCCAGUCUGUGCCCCAGCAGGUACAGCAGCAAAGCAAUGUCCCGCUGGACCAAACGCUUUCGCAAAACAACCUCACGCCCCACCCAUUCCUCCCUCCUCAGUCCAUGACCCCCUUCGACCUCCACGCGAUCACCGAGAACUUUGACGACAUGUUCAACUGGAUGCCGGACUUUGACCAGGACGGGAACCUCAUCAACGCCGGCGGGGCGGACCUCGGGAUCGCUCCGAGCGCUUUACAGCUCCCGGAGAUGCACCAGCAGCCAAUGUACGGCGCGUCCCCCAUCUCUCGGAGCAAUUCGGACCUCCUCCCUACGGAUGUACAGACACCGGUCAAGCGUCGCCCGUCCUCUGUGGCCGACAGCCUGGAGGACGAGCAGCCAACGACGAAAAAGUCCAAGCGGGGCGGCAAGAAGGUUACUGUCGAGGUCCUACCGGCUUGCUCGGUCUGCAAGAAGCCCAUGGGAAAGGUACUUGUCCGGGCGCCGUCGGCGGAGAUGCCGGACGAGAUAUCCGCCGCUUUCCUCUGCAUUGAAUGCUUGCCGGUCAAGCGGCCGCCGCCUGUCGGAGGUGACGCAGGAUUAGGAGGUCCAGCAAUCGGGACGGUCGAGACGCGUAAGAGGCAGCGGAUGGGAAUGGAGACGGAAGAUGAAGAGAGGAAGGUCAAGGAGAGGCGGCAGUUCUGCGAUGUAUGCCAGAGGAUCAUCGGGUCUGGGCAAGUGAAGGGAGGAAAGGAGAAUGUCGGAUAUUUGGCGGAGGUGAUUUGUCAUUCGUGCGAUGCCAAGUACCAGCGCUGUACCGACUGCGGAGGAGGUGGUGGUCCUAGACAAGGUAUCGGAAAGUGGCGCCUCAAGCAAGUCUUUCAGCCGGGCCGCAAGACGUGCAGUCUGUCGCAUAGCAGACUCGGAGAUAGACCACGGGAGAUAGGUGUCCACGUCACGCCGUCCGACUUCACGCCGGAGCAGUUCAAGGAGGUCAUCGCGAGGUGCAAAGCCUUAUGGCAGGAGAAGAAUCUCUCCCGGCUCGCUGUUCCGGAAAUGAUGGAGAUCGACCUUCCGUCCAAUCUCGUCAACCCGCUUCAAUCCUACGCAGAUAUCGAAAACCAAAUAACCGGCAACUGGCCCUCCCGCGAGUCGAUGAUCCGCGCAGAAGGCGCCAACCCCGAUCGGUUCAAGCGGAUCUUGGGGCUGACAUGGGCGCAUCCCAAGCCGAGAAGAGGAACGCGUACCGUCGAUCUGGAGGAAGAGCAGCAUAAGGUUGAGGUGGAGGAGGAAGAGGAUAACUCGACUGUGCUUGAUAACAUCAAGAGGACGAAUGUGGUCAUACCGGCCGGGUGCGAGUUGAUCGGUAUGUGGGGUGGAGAAUGGGAUAUCGAGCAGGGUUCCAUCCUAGUGUCCACCUUCAUCCCGUUCGAAGGCACAGACGGCGAAGAUUCAACUGCCCUUUCCGUCGGAGAGAUCAUUACCAAGGUCCAGACCCUACAGCACGAAAUGAACGAAGCGAGGAAGCUGCAACCGCCAGGUUCACAGAGUUCCAAGGUGCCCCAAGUGGAGCACUUGUGGGUCGUGUCAGGAGGGACUGUACCGCUCGUCCGCGAGCGAAUGGCCGAUAUUCUGAUUCGCAAGCGAUCAUUCGUACAUGUUGAAGAGUACCUGACGCGGCAUCCGAGCUUCGCAAAAGCUCUGAACGCUAGACCAUAUGGGCUGCAUCCGACCGACGGAGUACUUCCAGCAGAAGACGGUACACGGCCACCUACCAAUCCGCUCAUUCUCGUCCGAUGGCUCGGGAAGGACUUUGACGCCCAGCGCAUCCAGGAAAUCAAGCAGAUGGAGUUCGGGGGCAAGACAAAGCCCAAGAAGAAGGCAAAGAAGGCGUAA